GGGGGGGAGCAGCAGCUGGCCCGGGGGCUUCGCGGCGCACAGGGCUGGCUGGUGCUGAAGGAACAGCAGCUUCCGCUCCUCUCCAGGCUUCCAGGUAAAUAUGGGGACGGCGGGGAGGACCUAUCCAAGCAGCGAGCAAGGGGACUUCAAGGUGAAUUCCACGCUCCUUGCCAGACAGAUAGCCAGACGGAGCUGACUGGGGAAGUGGAGACUCCUGGCAGGUCCCUCGCCAAGUCACCCGCCCGCAGGGCUGGAGCACAGAAAAGUUCCCAGCGGCGACCAUCAGAUCCGGGGAGCGGACAGAGUUCCUCGCCUCUCCGCAACGAAGGCAGCGCCUAAGUUCGCCUUCCCCAUGGACAGAGGCAAGGGGCGGCCCCUCGAGAACAGGCUGGGGCGCUGGGGCGCCUUGUUAGCGAUGUUCUCCCACAUCUGAAGUACGUGUGUCGUACAUGGAUUUGUUUUGGAAGAGAAAGCCAAGCGUGGAGAGCUGGGAAUGUAAUCCACAAUGCUAGUCCUCAGGUUCCUCAAUGUGGUCGCUCCUGCCUACUUCCUGUGCAUCUCCUGUGUGACCUUCGUCCUCCAGCUCUUCCUCUUCAUCCCCAGCAUGUUCAAAGACCCUUCCGCCACCCCGCUCUUCUGCUCCUCCGCUUUGCUGCACGGCGCCCUCUUCCUCUUCCUCUCGGCCAACGCGCUGGGCAACUACAUCCUGGUGAUCCAGAACACCCCCGAGGACCUGAGCAAGGGCCUGAACUGGGUCGGAGCCGAUGGGGUGGCCCCCGACUGGCCCGAUGGGAGCUGCCCCCCUGGCUCGGCCUUACCCAACACCCACUUCUGUAGACUGUGUGCCCGGGUCACCCAAAGGCAUGACCACCACUGUUUCUUCACAGGGAACUGCAUUGGGAGCAGGAACAUGAGGAACUUCGUCAUGUUCUGCCUGUAUACUGCUUUGGCUUGCCUGGAUUCCUUGGUGGCAGGGCUGGCUUACAUUUCCACUGUGCUCUCCACCUCCUUUGCCAACCCACUGGCAUUCCUCACUCUCCUGCCUCAGUCCAUCAGCCAGUUCUUCUCAGGAGCUCUGCUAAGCUCGGAGAUGUUUGUCAUCCUCAUGCUAUACCUCUGGCUGGGGAUCGGACUCGCCUGCGCCGGCUUCUGCUGCCACCAAAUGCUGCUGAUCUUGCGAGGGCAGACGCGGUACCAGGUGCGGAAGGGGGUGGCGGCCCGAGCCCGUCCUUGGAAGAAGAACCUGGAAGAGGUCUUUGGGAAGAGGUGGCUGCUUGGACUGCUCAUCCCCGUGCUCAAUGUAGGAAGCGACUAUCACAGGCAGAAGGAGCAGUGACGCCGCCCGGCACACAGGUGCGCACACGUACGUGCACAUGCGUGGGCCAUAAGGGAGUUGCAGCACUUUGAGGCACUUCUCGUUCCCUCCCCACUUCUCAGCCUUGCCACCUACAGGAAGGGAGGCAACUAUCAAGCUAGCUGGGCUGAUUCUGUAUUUUAGAAGGGGAAAUUGUGGCCCGUGUUGUAUGUGAAGCUACAGCAGUAAUCUCUGGGUUGCUAAAAGCGUUCAUCAGACCCACCCUUGGGACUCUGAAUCAUUUUCUCACUGUGCCCCUUCUCACAAUCUUCUCCCUUCCCACCUUGCCUUUCAUGCUUAACUUGCCGUAGGAGUAGCAACAACAACAUCCCCCACCAUCUCAAGGUAGUCUGCGUUGCUCUGAGUAGGCUGUGAGCACAUCAGAGACUCCUGUGGGAUUUGCCCAAUCUGUUACUUGAAAGCUUCUUCUCUUUUUUUGCAGUUUUUCAACUGACCCCAAUAUAGCAAGGAGCCAGUUUCACAAGAACAGCAGAGUGUGGUUGGUGAAGCACUUUAAGGUGCAAGGAAUGACAACUGCUGGGGAGGCAGAUGGUCUAUGCCUGCACACUUCAGAGAUGACAAGCAUUUCCCUGCCCACUUCCUAGUUGCUCCCCUCCACUCCAACACCCAGGAACGAUGGUUAGCAGCCUGAGCAUGUGGCUUGCCCAGGGUAGCAGGUCUGCUGGCUGAUUUUUAUUUUUAUAUUUUUUAGAGAAUGAGGUUCGUUUUCAACCCACUUGCCCCGAUCCCUGACACAUAGAGCUGUUCAAAGCCCAUCUUGCCAAUAGGGUGAGGAAACAAGCGUAUUUGGGUUGAGCACAAUGAUGGCAGCAGGGAGAGCGGGCAAGUGUACGUGAAUGGAGUGACUGAAUGUAUGAAGACAUUAAAGUUCUGGACUGUCUUAUACUGAGGCAGAGCACCGGUCCACUGAGCCCACGAUUGUCUGACUUACAGGGGCUCUACAUCAGGGGUAGGCAACCUCAGGCCCGUGGGCCGGAUGCUGCCCAAUUGCCUUCUCAAUCCGGCCUGUGGAUGGUCCAGGAAUCAGCGGUU